AUGUAUGCUUCACGCGUGCGGGGCCGUCAGAUGCUCCUAGACAACCCCGCGCGUGAGAGCAGAACUAAGAAGGAGAUGGACGAGAAACGUCUUCGGAGGAAGAAACAGAAAGAGUCGAAAAGUCUUGGAAUUAUUGGGAAGAGGGAGGCUAAGGAGAAGGGGGUGUGGAAAUUCGACGAGUCUCAGGCGAAAUUCGCCCUUUUUGUGCCCAUGCAUAAUUUAUGGAUGGGAUACAUGUCGGAGUUACUGGGACUCUCGCGAUAUUCUGCUUCUGUUUCUUCCCCCCAAACCAUGCCGGGAUCGUCAGGCAUGCACCCCAAGCUUCUUAAAGCUGAUUUUCAUGGCUCCAUUAUGACAGUUCAUAAAGCCAAGAACCCUUGCCUGGUUGGCAUUUCUGGGAUCGUGAUACACGAGACUGAAAAUGCGUUUAAAGUCGUCACACGUCAGGAUAAAGUCAAACUCAUCCCAAAACAAAACUCUAUAUUCACCUUUGCUGUACCUCUCUACUCAACACUACCUGCGACACACAAGCCGGACAUGCCACUCCCACUGCCUCCAGUAGCCAGUGGGUCUGCCCCAAUGAAGACCGUUUUAGACGGCCCAUACAUGGAGUUUGAGCUUUACGGAAACCAGUUCCGGUUCCGUUCUGCGGACAGGGCUGGUCGCAAGUUCAAGCAUAAAGAGACCAUCGAGCUUUGA